AUGCAGCAAUACUUCAACAAUAAUCGGCAUCAAGCUGUCAGUCCGACGGCGGAGGUCAAGGUGGACACGGAUCGCCUAUACGACUGCGGUGAGGAUCGCUUCCGCCGUGCUGUCCGGGACGUGAAGGACCGGAUGGGGACCAACCCGCUGCAGGAGGUGCAGACUUUUGGUGGCCGUGGAAACGGCCGCAGCCGGGGUGGAUACGGGGCCCAGCGCUUUCACCCUUACCAAGGUGGCGGGGCAAACACAAAUUUUAGCGGCCAGCAGCCGUUCGGUGGCCAGCAGCACUUUGGUGGCCAGCAGCAGUACCACCAGCCCUUGCCCAUGGGGCCCAUGAUGCCGGCCAGCCGUGGCCGCGGCCGGGGACCGAUGUGA